AUGAACGGGAUGUUAAACAUCCUCAUAGAGGCUCCACCAGCAUGGCUCCCCCUUCCUCUCCGCCAACAAAGCCGGCUUCGUAUAUCGAUCAAGGGCUGGAAGGUGAUUGUGGGCCUUGCCGCAUCUUUCUGCUUGCCAGUGCUGUCGGCGUCACGGCUCACGUCUUCCCUGCCAAUAGCAGCCCGCGCCGUCGCAGCAUCACCUUCGCGGCCAUGGUGGUGGUCGGGCUGUUGGCUUUGGAUUGGGCCUCGCGCUGGGCGGCGUGUUUUCGGACACAAUUGGCUGGCAUUGGGGGUUUUUUGUUACCGCGAUCCUCAACAGCGCAGUGCUGGCCCUGGCACUGUGGGCAAUUUAAAAAGUGCAGAUGGUGGUCCGCUGGGGAAGGCAUCGCUCACGCGUGUCCACCGGGAUGUCGACUGGAUUGGCGCUCUACUCAUCAGCGCUUGCCUUGCGUUUCUCUACGAACUAGCCGUCGCUACCGGAUCAGACGCGGAUCAGACUGUUUGUAUUACUGUGUUCCUUGUCUGGGGAACCCUCAAUGCGAGUGAGCAGCUCACAGUCUUGUAUCUCCAAGACGUCCGGGGUACAUCGACUUUGACAGCGUCCUUAUAUUUUAUGCUGGCCCCGGUCUGUGGCCUGCUAAUGAAUGCAGCCAUCGGUCUUUCAUUCCCAUACUUGAAGUCCUCAAUCGCUGUGCCCGCAGGCUGCCUUCUGAGCGGCAUCGCACCACUCUUGCUAGCAACCCUCUGCGGCGUCGACGGGCCAGGGUAUUGGCGUGGCGUCUUCCAAGCCAUGGCUCUGAACUCACUGGGCGCAGACCUCGUUUAUACAAUCGCAAAACUAGUGAUAACAGACUCAUUUCCAGCCAAGACGCAGGCGCUAGCUGGUGGUGUUUUUAACAUGCUCGCUCAAGUCGGGAAGAGCGUGGGCAUCGCAACAUCGGCACUUAUUGCACGGCAAAUAACCUCGCAGAUGGAUCAUGCAGAGAGUGCUACUGCCAUGUUGAAGGGAUAUGAGGCUGGAUGGUGGUACAACUGUGGGUUGGGGUUUGUCUCGGUAGCUGUGAGCUUUGGGGGGAUGAGGAGUGUUAAAGUGAUUGAAAUUAAGAGGGAUUGA